AUGACUAUGGCGCUUGGCCACCAGCUACUCAGCACGAUUGAGAAGCUCCCCGUCACCACUACACCAAGUGCCCGCAGGCGGGCUGGACCUGUGCGGCUGAGGGCAAAGCUCCCGAAGCCGAGAAUGCCUCCGCUGUUUCGAGGGACACCUUGGGACCCAUCAUGCCAAGGUACAACUUGGUGGUUUGCAGGAACAGUUUCCUGCCAUGGGCAAUGGUCCGUAUCCAGACAGAGAGCCUGCAAACCAAUGUCUCGCAGACACUGA